UCCCUCCCUCUCUCCAACCUCCAUCAAUGGCGGCUGACGCUGUAAACAUCAAAAAUCCUACUUUAGCACACUUCAACUCCGCCCUCCUAAAUCACUAACUAUUUCCGAUUAAAUGAGAAAUAGUGCGACAGCUAAAUCAGAGAUCAAAUGUCAUUCCUCAGCCCCAAAUCGCUGGCGGCGCUGGUGGAAUCCGCCGUCUCUGCCCAAUCCCCACGCCUCGGCCGAGCCGCCCACGCCCGAAUCGUCAAAACCCUAGGCGUAGCUCUAGAGGCAUUCCUUUCCAAUCACCUCAUCCACAUGUAUUCUAAACUCGAUCGGCCCGAUUCGGCCCGAGCGGUCCUCUCCCUCACAAGCCCCGAAUUCCGCUCCGUCGUCACAUGGACCUCCCUCAUCGCCGGCGAUGUUGGGAACGGCCACUACCCCUCUGCCAUCUCCACUUUCGCCACAAUGCGCCGCGACGGCCUCCAGCCCAACGAUUUCACCUUCCCUUGCUUGUUCAAAGCGGCGGCGGGGCUCCACGCGCCGUUCCUCGGUAAGCAGCUCCACGCCCUCGCGGUGAAGCUGCUCCUUAUCGGCGAUGCGUUCGUCGCGUGCAGCGCGUUCGACAUGUACAGCAAGACGAGGCUUUUAUUCGACGCGGACAAACUGUUUGAUCAAAUGUCGCAGAGAAACAUAGCCAUGUGGAACGCGAGCAUUUCGAAUUCGGUGUUAAACGGAAAGCCGCGUGAGGGGAUUUUUAGGUUUCUGGAGCUCCUCCGCAGCGACGAGGCUGCUCCGAAUUCAAUUUCCUUCUGUGCUUUCUUGAAUGCGUGCUCGGAUGGACGGUUCUUGGCUCAAGGGCGGCAGUUGCACGGAUAUCUGAUCAAAGGGGGGCAUGAAGGUGACGUCUCCGUGGGAAAUGGGCUGGUCGACUUCUAUGGGAAAUGUGGCGAAGUUGGCUUCUCGGAGAAAGUGUUUGAGAAGAUGAGCGAGCGUAAUAAGGUUUCUUGGGGUUCUAUGUUGGCUGUGUUUGAACAAAAUGAUAUGGGAGAGAUGGCUUGCGCCUUAUUUCUGAAGAUACGAAGGGCGGGAGUUGAGCCUACGGACUUCAUGGUCUCGAGUGUGCUCAGUGCGUGCGCAAGCCUGGCUGCGCUUGAGACAGGUAGACUGGCUCAUGGUUUAGCAGUGAAGGCUUGUGUUGAUGAAAAUAUAUUCGUUGGGAGCGCGUUGGUGGACAUGUAUGGGAAGUGUGGGAGCAUCGAGGAUUGUGAGAGGGUAUUUUUUGCGCUGCCUAGGAGGAACUUGGUGUGUUGGAACGCGUUGAUUGGUGGAUACGCUCAUCAAGGGCGUGCAGACAUGGCGUUAGGGAUGUUCAGGGAAAUGAUUGAGAGGAGGGACUCGGAAGGCUUGGUGCCUAACUAUGUCACCUUCGUAUGUGUGUUGAGUGCUUGCAGUAGAGGGGGGAUGGUGGAGGUCGGGAUGGAGGUGUUCAACUCCAUGAGGGAGAAGCACGGUGUCGAGCCCAGGGCAGAGCAUUACGCAUGUGUAGUGGAUAUGCUAGGCCGGGCUGGGCUGGUCGAACGGGCCUAUCAAGCCAUCAAGGAGAUGAGAGUUAAACCUACAAUCUCUAUAUGGGGAGCUCUACUAAAUGCUUGUAAAAUGCAUGGUAAGCCAGAGCUAGGCAAGAUUGCAGCUGAGAAUCUGUUCAAACUCGACCCACAAGACUCGGGGAACCACGUUGUCCUCUCAAACAUGCUUGCCGCAGCGGGGAGGUGGGACGAGGCCAACGUGGUGAGGGAGGAGAUGAAGGAGGUGGGGAUCAAGAAAGGGGCAGGAUGCAGUUGGAUAUCUGUGAAGAACGAUGUCCAUGUCUUUCAAGCAAAGGAUGCAUCACAUAGUCGAAACGCUGAGAUUCAAGCGAUGCUAGGUAAACUGAAGCACGACCUCAAGGCUGCUGGUUACGUACCUGACACGAAGAUGGCUCUGUACGACUUGGAGGACGAGGAAAAGGAGUCAGAGGUGUGGUACCACAGUGAGAAGCUCGCACUUGCUUUUGGCCUCAUCGCGCUCCCUCCUGGCGUCCCUAUAAGGAUCACCAAGAAUCUUAGGAUCUGUGUGGAUUGUCACAGUGCUAUGAAGUUUAUAUCAAGAAUUGUUGGCAGAGAGAUUAUAGUGAGAGAUAACAACCGCUUUCAUCGCUUUGUGGAUAACCAGUGCUCAUGUGGUGAUUAUUGGUGAACACAUUUGAUACUAAAUUAUUGACAAUUUGACGUUGAGUUCUUGACAAGAAUAUAGAGCUCGGGCCAUAAACUACUCAGCUUCUUCGUCAACAUCAACCUGGUUCAACUUUCAAGAGUAUCAUGAAUCCUGAUGAUUGGGAGCUCAAAUUGAGAGAACCUGACACUGUAAUAUAAAGUGGAUUGAUUGCCACACAUAAAUUUUUGUAUGAGAAAUUCAUUCCUUUUUUC